AUGCGAUCCAGUAUCGCCUGCGCUCGCUGCCGUCGAAGCAAGAUCAAGUGCGUCAACGCCGGCAUCGACACCACCUGUCGCGCGUGUGAAUCCUCCGGACGAGAAUGCGUCUAUCCCGCGCCCGCUAUCGGCGUGGGCGGCGGUGCCGCCAAACGAGACCUCGCCGCUCUGGCCGAGGGCGACGACCGCAACAAUGACUGGGACAGCCCCAAGCGACAGCGCUCCCGGAAGACGGUCGGCCUGUCCUCGUCGACCGCCAAGGAUGGCUCGCGAGCCGCCCUCGACGCCCUCGAUGCCUCGGUCUUGACCACCAAGGUCUGGGAUGCCGUCUUCGACCUCUUCCAGUCGCACUAUGCCACCCUCCUCCCCUUCCUCCAUCCCGCCUCCUUCAUCGGCCAGACUCGCCAGCUCGCCUCGAAUCCCUCCCACCCGUCCACGAUCCCCGAAUCCUCUCGCGAGCCCGCGCAAAGUCCACCAGCAGGGAAACCCGACCCCAAUCCGCUGAUACCGCUCGGCGUCCUCGCCCUCACCGCUCGAUUCCACCCCCAACUGGUCACCCACCACUCUCCGUCCUCUCCAGGCAACCCCUCCAACCCUCUCGUGGCCUCCGAAUUCUAUGCGACAGCGUUGCGCAGCCGGCUGGCCGGCGUCGACGGCGCCGGGCUCGCCGUCACCGAUCUUACCCGGGUACAAGCGUGGUUGAUGCUGGCGCUACACGAAUGGGGCAUGUGUCGGGGCAAAAGCGCGUGGUUAUACGUCGGGAUGGCGGUGCGACUGGCCCAAGCCAUCGGUCUGCCCUUCGAGCUGGAAAACGAAAUGGCGUACCGGGAUCCCCGGUCGCCCGUCCUCAGGACCGAGGCCGAUCCCUUCGGCAUGUCCCGACGCCAGGUGGAACCCCGAGAACAGACCUCCGAUGAUAUCAUUGCCCAGGAAACCAAGCGUCGCACCUUCUGGGCAUGCUUCAUUCUGGAUCGCUGCUUGAGUAGCGGCAAAUACCGCCCCCGCAUGAUCCGUGUGAAGGAGUUGGGUAUCCAGCUCCCCAGCGACAAUGCCUUUGCGUUCGGUGAACGGGUCCGCACGUCCCGCCUGAGUGAGCCGCUGGUGCGUCGCCCACAAAGCUUCGGGGCCCAGGGAGUUCAGAUCCCGAGCAUCCGGCAGAGUCUCGGCGCCCUAGGGGACGAGCGGAUGCCCAGCAAUGGGGCUCCAGACACCAAGGCCUGGUCGCCGGUCUCGCGCCGGAAGGAUUCCAGUGAAGAUGAAGUCGACCGGUGGGAAGUUGGCGCGGAAGAGUCCGUGCUCAGCCGGGUCAUCCGGGUCAUCCGGAUCUGGGGAAGCAUUGCCAAGUGGUCGUGUGCCGGAGGUCGAAGGACCGAGCAGUUACCGCCGUGGCACCCCGACUCGCGUUUCGCUAAACUGCGGUCGAUGCUGAACGAGUUCCAGGACGGCUUGUCCCGUAACCUGCAGUACUCCCCCCGGAAUACCGAUACCCACAUCAUGUACAAGAACACCCUUCCCCCGUACACCGUCAUGCAUGUGGUCUACUUCCUAUCUGUGAUUGUCCUUCACCGCUCGUACAUCCCUUUUCUUCCGGUGCGAUGCGCAGAGCCCGUCGGGCCUCUGGAUGAGCCACUGUUCCCCGUUGAGAAGCCGGGGAUGGAGAGCUUCUGGCGGGAGAGCGCGCGGGAGCUCUUCAACGCUGCGCGGCAGGUGAUUGACCUCGCGGUGACCUGCCAGGACCGCGGCGUUCUAGUCGAAAACCCCCUCGUGGGCUUCGCCGUCUACAACGCCGCUUUCAUCGGCAUCUACGCCGCCCACUUCCCACACAUGGACCCAGAUGGUGCUUUGGCAUCCCGCCCGUCCAUAGAUCGCCACGCCCAGGGCCAAGCACAAGCCCGCAAAGCCCUGGACAUCCUGCGUGACAUGCGGACCCGUCUGCGGAUGGCCCGGGGAUGGUUCCGCACACUCAACCGGUUGCACAGCUACUUCUCCAAGGUCAAACGCGAUUUCCGACGCCAUUCCCGUAAGCCCGACCCGAGUGACACCCUCGACACGUAUAUGAACGGGACACGUUCGGUGCGCGAAGGCGGUGGUGCCGAGGAGUUCAAGCUACUUGAGAAGCUCUUCCUGGACUUUGGCAUCGUGGAGGACCAACUGCCCGACACCCAUAUGGAUGAUGACGUCUUGGCGGCGACAAGCGAUCGGGCCACGAACCUCAGCGACGCGGGCAGCCAUGCCGUUCGCAGCGAGACCGGCGACACCGGCGAGCCGCUGGAUGGCGCGGGCGGACGACGCGAGUCGUGGGUGCCUAUCAACAGCCCGGGCAUGCCGCUGCCAGGCCCGGAUGGCGAGCGACGGCCCAGUCUGCCGCUGCCACCCAACCGCGCCUUGCAGUCGCAGUCUCCGUAUUCCUUGCCAUCGCUGCAGCACCACCCCGACCCGGGGCUCUACAACGCCUCUCCUCCCAACCUUCCCUCUCUAGGGCCGCCCGGGCCAUAUGGCGUCCCCCCGACAUCGACCACCCCGGCGUCCUCGCAAUACAGCGGACCCCAGUCCACAAACCGCCUGCAGCCGCUGAACUCGUGGCUGAACAACCGCCAACAGCCUCCGCCGCCCUACUCCCAAUCUCUGCCCCCGAUCAACGCGGCCACCUCCCACACCCUGCCGCUGCUGCCUCCGCCCGGCUCCGUUGGCCACCCAGGAGCAUCCCCGCCCGUGACGGUCGAUGGACUCGACAGCGUCAACAGCAACGGGCUGUGGUCAACCAGCCUCGGCGGGGACGACGUGCUGGCCUUCCUGGAGGGGAGCGAGUACGACCAGCUCCCCGCGAUGGUUCCGUCCGAGGUCGGUGUGCCCGCCGGGUGGCUCAGCACGGUGUGGACCGAAUUCGCCCGCUGAUGCAUGCCUUGCUCUCUUCUUUUUUCCCUUUGUUCACGCACCUUCCCUUCCUUGCUGAUGAUUGAGCGAUCCUUCGUCUGUACUAUUAUUUUGUGUGCGACUGCUCCUGUAUGAAUAUGUAUGCGCGCUUCGGCGGACUGACGAGACCACGCG